AACAAACCCAACUACAAAAACCCACGUCUCCCCCACCCUUUCACUAGCAUCUAUCGCCCUCUUGCUUUGUUCUCUCUUCUUUCAGGCAUUUUCACAAACAUUUUCCUAAAAGAAACAUUUCUACCUUCACUAACAUGGCCAGACCACAACAGCGCUAUCGAGGCGUCCGACAAAGGCAUUGGGGCUCUUGGGUAUCUGAGAUUCGCCACCCUUUAUUGAAGACUAGAAUUUGGCUAGGAACAUUUGAAACGGCCGAGGACGCUGCACGAGCCUAUGAUGAAGCUGCAAGGCUCAUGUGUGGACCAAGGGCUAGAACCAACUUCCCUUAUAAUCCAAACGCAUCACAAUCAUCAUCAUCAAAACUUCUCUCGGCCACUUUGACAGCCAAGUUGCAUAGGUGCUAUAUGGCUUCGCUGCAAAUGACCAAGCAAACAUCACUUCAUGAAAAACAACAAAAACCGCCAAUUUCACACGCUAACACCACCACUACCUCCGCCACUACCACUAUCGCCGCCGCCGCCACCAAUGGCAUUGCUAUAAAAAGAGAGGAACUGGGUUCCCAUUUGCCAGAGAAAUAUCCAUUUCAAGAGACAGAGGCAAAUUGGGCUGUAAAGAAAGUUCAGGUCGACAGCAUCCAGCAGCAGUUUAAGCCUCUUGAAGAGCAUCAAAUAGAGCAAAUGAUCGAGGAGUUGCUUGAUUAUGGGUCUCUUGAGCUAUGCUCUAGUGCACCACCUCAGCCUCUGUAAUGUGCAAUUCACAAGACCCCUCCUUUAAUCUAGUAGUCAUCUGCCUCUGCCACCGUCAAUGGAACUCAUUUGAUUUGCUAAUUUAACCCCAAUUUUUAUCAGCCUUAUUGUUCUUCAAGUGUUCUAGCUCUGGUCCUUAGAAGUAUUCCCCCUAAGUGACUCAUUUGAUGAUGAUUAAUGUACAGUAGAGUAUUUCAUAAAUAUAUAUCAUGUUGUCUCA